AUGAAAGGGCAUAGAAAUUGGCAUCAGUUCAUCGAGUGUCUGAAACCUACAUUCGCUCGCACUCAGACGCCCAAUGAAGGGCUCGAGCCACUCGAAGCCCGGCCCAGCAACCGCUCCGACACCGCCUACUUGGACGGACUGCGAGGCAUCGCUGCCUUCAUAGUCUUCAUCCUCCAUCUCUGGAUGCCGUUCGAUCGUACGACAGUACUCGGUUUCGGACCCGGCCUCAGCUAUGGCAUCUUCAACCUGCCCAUCCUGCGAGUCGUGCGCUCCGGCAAGGCGAUGGUGCGCAUCUUCUUCGUCAUCUCAGGGUACGUCCUGACAUUGUCCCCGGCGAGGCAUUACUUGGACAGUUCCGGAGAGCACUAUAACAAGCUGGGGAAAGCCCUCAUCAAGAGACCGUUUCGCCUCUUCUUGCCGCCCAUCGCGACGACCCUCCUCGCCAUGCUCCUCUUCCGACUCGGGGCGUUCCAAACAGCCGAGGAAAUGGAGGCGCUGCCCGCUCACCUCCCCGCCCAGACAAUCCUUCUCCGAAAAACCUUCUUUGAUCAGCUUGUAGACUGGGCGGGAUUUGUCGCGCACAAGCUCACCAACCCGUGGGGUUGGGUCGAAGAUCUCUUCGUCGAUCCUGAUGCGUCCUACUACGGGGCGCACCUAUGGACGAUUCAGACCGAGUUUCGCUGCUCCAUCAUCACUCUCACCACACUGCAGAGCCUUUUCGUCCUACGUUCCAUCUCCAUGCGCUAUUUUCUGUCAUGUAGUCUGAUCUUGUUCUGCGUGGUCUGGUUGCGCUGGGAUGUAGCGCUCUUCCUGGCGGGCAUGACUCUAUGUCUAUUGGAUGUCGAGCGAAAUGCGAGGACAAUCGACAGAAACUAUCUCGGUGACACCGCACGCAUCACCGACUCGGCGCAUCUUAGGCCCUCUCGCGAAAACAGUCGAUCGCGCUUUUGGUACGAGUUUGCACCAUGGGGCCUCCUCGUGCUCGGCUUGUGGGCGGUGUCCUACCCCGACGAAAAGGCAGGCAGAGCCCUUGGGUUCGGGCUCGCCAGCAAGCUUUGCGACAGUGUCGACUUUUGGCAGUCCGUUGGCGCCCUGGCUGUCGUCUGGUCUGUCGGACGGCUGCGUCCGCUGAAGGGGAUGUUGAGCACAAAGUGGCUACAAUAUCUCGGCGCACUGUCGUAUUCACUUUACCUUGUACACUAUCCCUUCUUAGAGACGGUGGGUUGGAGGUUAACACAACUCCUGCGCGAGUACUUUUCUUCUGCAGCGGUUCAGGCCGGAGUGGGUCGUUCACUUGGGAUUUUGGCGGGAAACGUCAUUGCUUUCAUCUUCUCGACUUUGACGCUCUUGUGGGCUUCUGACUACACAUGGAGGGCGCUGGAUAAACCUUGUCUCAGAUUGUUGAGGUGGCUUGAUUCCGUGUUAUGA